GAGAACGCGAGAGCGGUGUUGAAGAGGACGAGGGGGGCGGUAGUCGCGAUGUCGAUGCUGGGAGGGUGAGGAACGAAGAAGGAAGAGGGGACAGUGGUGGCGACGAUGGCAUGGGGGAUAACGGGAGCAAGCAGGGAGAGCUCGGCUGCGAUGAUUGCUUUAGUGCCGAACGUAACAUGAUUGGAAUAUGAGUGUGCUGUUCAGACAUUGGUCACGCCAACGGACCAAAAUAAUAAUUACACUAUUAACUCUCACCUGACUUUGAUCUCCAACUCUCAUGUCGACUUCUCGUUCAGCUAGUCCUACGGAGGAAGAGGAAGAGCAGAUUGAGCAACGCAUGGAGGCGACACCUGAGUCCACUGGCGAGUCCACCUCCCCAGAGGAGUCUGCUGAACCUUCAGAUACAGACCAGGACACCACCACUCAGACUUCCCUCCCAACAUCGGGGUCAUGGCAAGCCAUUUGGUCUCCUCAGCACAACACCUAUUACUUCUACAACUCAGAAACCAAAGAAACGACUUGGGUAAACCCCCUUCAACCUGCUAUCUCUGAACCAGAACCCUCCUCGUCUUCCACCUCCCAAUCUGGCCCUUCCACAACAAUAGACUCUCACUACGCAGCGCUGCAAGCAAACGCGGUGGCGCAGGGUAUUGAUCCAUCCCUAGCCCAUCUUGAUCCGUCGCUUGCUUCUUCGUCUGGUGUUCCUAGCAAUUUUAUGUACACCGCAAAGUUCAACGCGAGGACUGGCGCUUUUGCGAAGGCGGAUAGUCGCGAUCCUACUCACUUGUCAGAGUAUGAGCGUGCUAAGCGCAUGAGCGAGUUCUACUUUGACGUUGGUGCUUGGGAGAGGGAUGUCGAGACUCGCAACAAGGCUGAGAUUGAGGCCGAGGCUGAGGGAGAAGGCAAGAAGAGAAAACGUCCGACGAAGAAAGACCUGGAGCGGUUCAAGGAACAGAAGAGAUUAAAGAAGAUCGCCAAGACGGCAUGGCUUCGAACAUAGGCACCCUACUUACUGUAGUAUUAGAAGCACGAAUACAAAGUCGUCUGGCAGAAGUAAUUCUAAGCUUUGCAGAAAGCUCAUCAGCCGAAUUUUCAGCGUUCAAUAAUACAA